AUGUGGAUCGCGAGUGAGAGUGGCCAUGGGAACCAGCGAGAGAGCUCCCAGCUACAGCGCGAACGGGCUUUGAAGUGGAGUGCCGUCAUCCAUUCAGAAGGUAACCGGUGUAACCGCCAGGCCCAUGACGAAGUCUCAGAGCUUCGAUAUAACACAUUGCUAUCCAUCGGGCAGCAGACAUCGAUUCUUAUUCGGCAACAUUGGCAAAUGCCCCGGCGUCCGGUGAGUAAUGGUCGGGCGAAUGAAGAGGAGGUCGGGGAUGCUGGGCUCGCGCUCGCGGCUGGCCAUGAUAAAUCUAAGACAUUUCGAUGGUGA